UACUAUCCAAGUUAAACCGAACGGAACCAGUGCGGGCACAGUGAACACGAGGAGCAAGGAGGGCGAAAAAACAUGGGCAGAACAGUUUCGCUUUUAGCGUGUGUCCUCUUUGAAAGGCUGUGCGUGACAUGGAACCGGGAACAUGACACCGAGGAUUGGUAGGAACGAGGGCGCGACAACCGCCACCAUCCCUCCCUCGCGAUCCUGUUCCCACUUCUCAGUUCCAAUAGCCUUUAAGAUAUGGUAACGAAGAGAAGGAAAAGCAUGAGGCGUGCGUGUUCGUGUGACACAGCCAAAGAAACUGAAAGAUUCCAACAAUUGCUUGUGGCGACCUUCUGUGACUAUACAUACAGAACUACUACAUAGAGCAGUCAGAAUGAGACCAAAGACGCCGCUCGUGUUAGCCUUCGAAGACUUUUAUUGCUUCCUCCCUCUUCGUCUGCUUCGCCUCCUCUUCCUCCUUUUCUUUCCCUUCUCCAUUUGGCUCCACGAGUUCCUCGCGGUCCUCAUGCCGUUCCAAUACCACUUCCUCGGACUUGCCCAUUAAGGCUGCCGCUCUAGGCUAAAGCCUGAAUGGUCGGCUAGAUGGAGGAUGAUGACGAUGAUGUGCCCUUAGAACCGAAACUACAUACAGACAGGCGGGGAGGGAGGGACACGACGACCAUAAAAAUUGCCAAGUGAAAAAAAGGUCAGGUACGUUGGCUGACAUCGCAAUCAUCGGCAGGAUUUUCGACAUUCAUCGCCCUAGAGAUGUCAGACCUCUUCACACGCCUAAACAUCCCGACACAAUGAUCAUCUGUUGAUCGGCGAUGGGAUUGAGCCAUGUCACCCACGACCUGUCCCACACCACGAGUAACAACUACGCUCUGACACCCAACCCAAUCUUUUCAUCCGAAGUUGAACCUCGCUUCGUCGAUUCAUGUGAUCUCCCCAGACCGGUUUUCCAUCCUGCUCAGUUCACCCCAGAAUCCUGUUCAAGCGGAGAGCAUCCACUGUAGAUCCAUCUGAUGUAGAUACUACCUACCAAGAGAGAUACUAGUGGUUUCAUUCGUACGUCUGCCAUUCAUUUCACACUUGUGUCGUUCGAAUCCGACACUCCCAACGAGCAGGCAAGCCGACAGCACUCUGUUUAUCACCUCCCGUCCAUCGACAGCCUCCUGCUUAUCCUCCUACUUCUCCCUACUCCUCCCUACUCCUCCCUACACCGCCUCCACUCGCUCUGCUACAUGUGACUGAAUGAAAAACUUGAUGGCACACACACAGUAUUCCUCUGAUAUCAUCCGAAUCCAGACAGGUCUUCAAACGCACUUGUGGUGAUUAGACUUCCUAGUGGGUGUGACAGCCACGGGUUGGAUUCAGUUUCUCGGUUGCCUUCCUCUGUGUCAAGACAAUUUCAGACAGCACCCUCCAACUUCAGUUUUUUGGCUAGCACUCGUGUUUUGGCUGACAGCAUACGUAUAGUAAAUACAUACAAGCCGAUACCCGGAUUAGAGUUUGGAGCAUCAUGCAUAAGGACAAGAUUGACACGGGAGAUGCGGACCUGGACCAGAAUCUGCGUAACUGGUUCCAAUGGAACAAGUCUGGCUCCAAGGAUGCCGAGGCCAUGUGGAGCUUGGUGAAUGCGGGCAAGAUUGACGAAGUAAAAAAAGCUAUGAAAAAACGGCUGGUGUUUGGCACGGCUGGCAUAAGGGGUAAAAUGGGCGUGGGUUUCAGCUAUAUCAAUGAUUUGGUGAUCAUUCAAACGUCUCAAGGGUUGGCCAAUUACGUCUUGCAAGCCAAUAAGAGUCCGGAUGUGGCCAAAACGAUGGGCGUGGUAAUUGGGUUUGAUGCUCGACACAACUCCCAUCGAUGGGCUCGUCUGACCGGAGGCGUAUUUCAUCGGCUAGGCUUUACGGUUUACUUAUUCUCCUCGAUUACGCCCACCCCUUGGGUUCCAUUCACGGUUCAAAGCAAGAAAGCGGCCGUGGGGAUUAUGAUCACGGCUUCGCACAACCCGAAGCAAGAUAAUGGAUACAAAGUGUACUGGAGCAACGGUCCGCAAAUACGCCCUCCUCACGAUGGAAACAUUUUGGAAUCGAUUCAGCAUCAUUUGGUGCCGGCUGCCGGUGACGAAUCAUUUGACGAGACCUACAUCCAAAACUACAAUGACAAGAGUAACCCACCCGUGAUCGACCUCCUGGAAGUGAUGUCCAAUGAAUAUUAUGAGGUCUUGAACCGGGGACUCAUGAAGCGGACCAACAACGAGGAGUACAAAGAGAGCAUUGUCUACACUGCCAUGCAUGGCGUGGGGGCCAAUUUUAUUGAUAGAGCUUUGGAGACGGCCGGGUUUAAGGCCUUAGUUCAUGUCAAGGAACAGAGAGAGCCUGAUCCUGAAUUUCCCACGGUGGUCUUCCCGAAUCCUGAGGAAGGGAAAAGUGCCCUUAAUCUAGCGGUAAAGACCGCGGAUGUGAUUGGGAGCAUCCACAUCCUCGCCAACGAUCCGGACGCAGAUCGACUGGCAAUUGCGGAAAAACACAAUGGUCAAUGGAGAAUAUUUUCUGGAAACGAAAUUGGUACUCUAUUAGGCUGGUUCCAGUUCAUCAGUCAUACGACUCACAAUCCGGAUACAAAUCGUGCCAACUUGUACUUUAUCGCUUCCACUGUCUCAUCCAAGAUCCUUCGCUCGAUUGCCAGAGAAGAGGGCCUUUCCUUCGAGGAGACUUUGACCGGUUUCAAAUGGAUGGGCAACCGCGCCGACGAGAUCGAGAAAGAGAAUCCGAAUCUCUCUGAAAGCGAACGCAAGCACGUGCUCUUGGCUUACGAAGAAGCCAUCGGAUUCAUGUGCGGUACGGCCGUCCUUGACAAAGACGGCAUUUCCGCGGGGUUGCGUGCGGCUGAGCUCAUUGCCUUCCUAGGAAAGAGGAACCAAACCCUGACUGACAAGCUGGAUGCUCUUUAUACCACGUAUGGCUAUCAUUUCAGUGAAGCCAAUUACUUUGUGAUCGAAGACUUCGACCUAAUCCAUGCCCAUUUCGAUUAUUUGCGAAACUUCCAACAAAAACCCAAUACCUAUCCAAGCGUUCUCAAGACGAAAGAACGGGAAUAUGCCGUGGUUUCUGUUCGAGAUCUGACGACCGGUUACGAUUCGGCCUCUCCCGACCUGAAAUCCAAACUCCCAGCCUCACACGAAUCUCAGAUGAUCACGUUUACAUUGGACAACGGAACAGUUUUGACCAUUCGAUUGAGUGGGACCGAGCCCAAGUUGAAAUAUUACGCCGAAUACUGUGCCAAGCCAUCUCAAACCGACCGCAAGGCCAUUGAAACCGAGCUCUACUCCAUCGUUCAGGGAUUUGUGGACGACUUUGUUGACCCAAAGAAGAAUCGUUUGCUUUUAACGGCUUAGUUCCAUAAUCUCGAGGUCUGGGAGAAAUCCAAUGCGCCCACUCCUGAUAUUAUAUUACCAAGCAUGGGCCAUUGCAUUGCAUUUCCCUCAACCCAUCCUUGCAAACCUCCUUUUAAACUACGUAUAUGUACACGUGUAAGUAAUGCGACACUACCGUUUACGAUUCACGAAGAUGAGAGAACCACAGAGGUGAUAUGGCUCAUCAAUGCAAAUCCAAGUAAACCUCCCAAACUCAAAAUAGCGAAAUCCAAUGACGAGAAGUGAACCAACAAUCAUGUAAUGUAAUGUGUGCAAACCAGCUGGUGAAAGGAAAUAAAACUUUUAUUACAUACGA